CUUUCGAUCUGUUAAGUUUAUUGAACCAAAAGACAAGGCAAUUAAAUUGAUUAGUGCAUCAUGGAUUUUAAUCCUUUUUCAAAAUACCAAGAACCAUCAACUCAACUUGAAAACUUCUUCAACUCUCUUCGACAACGACAACCAGCUCAGGAAGUGAAAUCAGUACCUGAUAAUUUAAUGGAUGUUGAUCCAUGUGAUGAUUCCAGUCCGGAUUCCAAACAAGAACAUCACCAACCACUUGACCUGAGAACAAUUUCAUCUCGAGCGCUAGUUAAGACUCAGCAACAACAGCAUUCUAUAAGCACUGAGCCUGCCAAAAGUCGCAAGCGUACAACAAAGAGAAUGCCAGCUCUACAUGACAAAAACAUGGGAAUUAAUGAAUUAAUGGAUUUUAUUUUUGAAUAAAUCAUCAAAAUUAGCUGUGACAUGAAA